GCAACCAGAACCGAAGUAUGGAGGCACACAACAUCCUCAGCAAACGAGGAUUUAGUGUCCGAUCCUUUGGAACUGGGACUCAUGUGAAGCUUCCAGGACCAGCACCCAACAAGCCAAAUGUUUAUGAUUUCAAAACCAUAUAUGGUCAGAUGUACAAUGACCUUCUUAAGAAAGACAAAGAACUCUAUACACAGAAUGGCAUCUUACAUAUGUUGGACAGAAAUAAGAGAAUCAAGCCUCGGCCAGAAAGGUUCCAGAACUGCAAAGACCUGUUUGAUCUGAUCCUCACUUGUGAAGAAAGAGUCUAUGACCAGGUAGUGGAAGAUCUGAAUUCCAGAGAACAGGAGACCUGCCAGCCAGUGCAUGUGGUCAAUGUGGACAUCCAGGACAACCAUGAAGAGGCCACCUUGGGGUCCUUCCUCAUCUGUGAACUCUGCCAGUGUAUUCAGCACACGGAAGACAUGGAGAACGAGAUCGACGAGCUGCUGCAGGAGUUGGAGGAGAAGAGUGGCAGGACUUUUCUGCACACGGUCUGCUUCUACUGACACUGUCCCAGGCCCUGCAC